AUGCAUAUUGUUACGGCUUGGUCCCCCGUAACAGCGCUGCUAAUAACCAAGGACGGCCUCAUCGACCGUCCCGUCAACGACGUCCACACCGUAUUCGAUAUCGUCCGCCGUAGCGCGCGCGUCUACCCCAACCACCGCGCCGUCGGCUCCCGGAAGCUCGUUAAGUUGUAUAAGGAGAGGAGGAAGGUCCAGAAGGUCGUUGACGGCGAGAUCCAGGAGCUCGAGAAGGAGUGGCAAUUAUUCGAGCUCUCAAAAUUUUCGUACUUGACAUUCAAGGAGUACGAGCAGCUUGCACUUCAGGUUGGCUAUGGCUUGCGCAGAUUAGGCCUGACAUCGAAGCACAAGCUUCAUCUCUUCGGUACCACAAGCAUAAGCUGGAUUUCCAUGUCCCACGGCUGCGCCUCCCAGUCUAUCUCUAUAGUCACCGCCUACGAUACACUUGGCGAAAGCGGCCUUGAACACACCCUCCUCCAGACUAAGGCCGACGCUAUGUACGUCGACCCUCACCUCCUCCAGAUUGCCGCCCGCCCCCUUAAGAAGUCCAACGUCAAGACCAUCAUUGUCAACGAGGGCUGCAUAUUCGCGACUGGGGAUGAGAUCGAAGAGUUCAAGCACGCCCACGCCGAGUUCAAGGUUCUGACAUUCGAGGAGCUGCGAAAGAUGGGCGAGGACAACCCGGUCGAUCCGGUGCCGGCCAAAGGCCCCAACCUCUACUGCAUUAUGUACACCUCCGGCUCUACCGGUCCUCCCAAGGGGGUCUGCAUCACGCACGAGGCGCUCGUUGCUGGAGUUACCGGUCUCUAUACCUGUGUUGAAGAAUGCGUUAGCGACAAGGAGGACGUGCUUGCCUACCUGCCUUUAGCCCACGUCUUCGAGAUGGCGCUUGAGAACCUCGUCUUGUUCAUUGGCGGAACCCUCGGAUACGGUAACCCCAGAACGCUCGCCGACUCCUCAGUGAAGAACUGCGCUGGUGAUAUGCGGGAGUUCAGGCCCACUGUCAUGGUCGGGGUUCCUCAGAUCUGGGAAACCGUCAAGAAGGGCGUCAUAGCCAAGCUCGACGCCUCUAGCCCUGUCGUCAAGGCGCUCUUCUGGAGCGCCUUCAGCUUUAAGACCUUCAUGUCUAAAAACAAGCUCCCCGGAGCUGGGAUAUUUGACAACAUCGUCUUCAGCAAGGUUCGGGAACUGACUGGUGGCCGACUUCGAUUCACCAUGAACGGUGCUAGCGGCAUCUCCGCCGGCACCAGGCACUUCCUGUCCAUGGUCCUCGCCCCUAUGCUGGCUGGUUAUGGCCUCACUGAAAGUUGUGCCAACGGCGCCUUGGGUUGCCCACUUGAGUACUCACCCAAUGCAAUUGGCCCUGUCCCUGCUGCUAUUGAAGUGAAAUUGGUCUCCACUCCCGAUAUUGGAUACUCGACGGACGCAGAGGUUCCUCAGGGUGAGAUAUGGCUUAAGGGUGUUCCGACCAUGAAAGAGUACUAUGACAACCCCGAGGAGACGAAUAUGGCCCUUACUCGCGAUGGGUGGUUCAAGUCUGGUGAUAUCGGCGAGUUCGACGACAACGGCCAUCUGCGAGUCAUCGACCGUGUCAAGAAUCUUGUCAAGACGCAGGGCGGUGAGUAUAUCGCCCUGGAGAAGCUCGAGUCUGUCUACCGAGGCACCCAAACCAUAAUAAACGUUAUGGUACACGCCGACUCUCAACACUCCCGCCCCAUCGCAGUCAUCAUGCCCAACGAGACCGUUCUCGUUGAGAAGAUUAAGGGCCUAGGCGUAGAUGAGCACAGCAUGUACUACGACCCUAAGGUCCGCAGCCUCAUCCUCAAGGAUCUUCAGAGUACCGGCAAGCGCUCUGGCCUAGCUGGCAUGGAAAUUGUGUCCGGCGUCGUCAUCACCGAUGAGGAGUGGACCCCACCAAGCGGACUUGUCACUGCCACGCAUAAGCUGAACCGGAAAGUCAUUCGUAAGAAGUUCAAGAAGGAAAUCGAUGAGUGUCUGAAGAAUUCGCCCUGA